AUGGAGCAACGUACUUUGAGCGACUACGCUAUGCCCGAUCUGGAUGUUGUUCGAGGUAGCAUUAACCGCCCAACGAUUAAUACUAAUAACUUCAAAAUAAAGCCGGUUUUUAAGAGAAAGUUUAUGGGCGAGCAGUACAUGGAAGCUUGUAAACAUGAGUUUCUAGAUUUGGUUCAAGGUAACUUAUUUGUGGCCGAUUAUGAGUUAAAGUUUGUGCGACUUAGUCAGUAUGCUCCUAAGAUGGUUCUUUCUAAGACGAAUCGUUGUAAAAGGUUCUGUUUUGGGUUAAAUCAUGAGAUUCAGGUUUACCUGGUAGCUCAAAAUGCAAAAUUAUUGGAUGAGUUGGUUGAAAAAACCAAUGCUGUUAAAGAGACCUUAGUUGAGCUACCUCGUUUUGUAGUAACUAAAUCAGGUAAAAGGACUUCUGACGGUGCAUCUGGUCGACCACCUAAGAGAGGGCGUAGACAUCCUGGUGAGUUCCGCAAGUUGACAGGUGGAUGUUUUAAAUGUGGCUUGAAGGAACAUAUGUUGAGGGAUUGUCCAAACAGAGUUGAGGUUUCACAGCUCAGAGUUCUGCAGCUGCAUCUGCGUCUGUUGGAGGCCGUGGUCGUGGUAGAGGUUGAGUUUGGGCGUCCAACUUGGGUUUAUGCUGUUAGGGAGCUGGAUGAUUAG